GAAGUGGCCAAGCAGACUUAUUACUAGAAAAGAAUCCCAUCUGGAAUUCAGACAGGUGGCCCAUCUCAGUACCUCCCCGAGAAGUCUGGCUUUUUCAGGCGACUUCUGAAAUAUGGCUGACCACAACAGUUCUUCCUGCAGUCCUAUAUUGACACCCCAUUUAACCAGGCUCUACUUCAUAGUGCUCAUUGGAGGACUGAUGGGCAUCAUCUCUAUUUUGUUCCUGCUGGUGAAAAUGAACACGCGGUCGGUGACUACCACAGCAGUCAUUAACCUGGUGGUGGUCCACAGUGUUUUCUUGGUGACAGUGCCUUUUCGCUUGACAUAUCUCAUCAAGCACAUCUGGACAUUCGGGUUGCCCUUCUGCAAAUUUGUGAGCGCCAUGCUACACAUCCACAUGUACCUCACAUUCCUGUUCUAUGUGGUGAUCCUGGUCAUCAGGUACCUCAUCUUCUUCAAGCGCAAGGACAAAGUGGAAUUCUACAGAAAACUGCAUGCUGUGGCGGCCAGUACUGGCAUGUGGCUGCUGGUGAUUGUCAUUGUGGUACCCCUGGUUGUUUCUCAGUAUGGAAAUUCUGAGAUGUAUGAUGAGAAACACUGUUUUAAAUUCCACAAAGAACUUGCUCGUGGCCAUGUGCAAGUUAUCAACUAUAUGAUAGUCACUAUUGUUAUAGCCAUUGCAGUGAUUCUCUUGGUCUUCCAGAUCUUCAUCAUUAUGUCAAUGGUGCGGAAGCUACGCCACUCCUUGUUGUCCCACCAGGAGUUCUGGGCCCAGCUGAAAAACCUUUUUUUUAUAGGAGUCAUCCUUGUUUGCUUCCUUCCCUACCAGUUCUUUAGGAUCUAUUACUUACAUGUGGUGGCACAGUCAAGUGACUGUAACAACACUGUUGCAUUUUAUAAUGAAAUCUUCUUGAGCGUAACAGCAAUUAGCUGCUUUGAUUUGCUGCUCUUUGUUCUUGGGGGAAGCCAUUGUAGACAAAAGGUAAUUGACCUAUGGAAUUGCUUUUUGUGCCGCUAGCCACAAACCACAGUAUUCAGAAUCCCUUUAUGUUGGGAGUAAAAAUGGGCACAGAGAGGCAGGAAGCGUUAUUUCCUUACUUGAUUAAAACCAUGCCUUGAUGCAGCCAAACAAAAAGACUAUAAA